AUGGUGACUCUACUCCUUAUCAGUCUGUUCCUUGCGACGCUUUCAUUUGCAGAAAACGUAGCCAUCCCUGACAGCUCUCUGUCAAUUAAUGCAACUACGAUGUCUCUGAUACCACCAAUGUUUGACUUCGACACUGAAUUUGCGAAACUGUCCAAAACGUGUUUGAGCAAAGAGGAUUAUGAGCAGUUAUGGAACAACACUGUGCAUCAUGCUUUAGCACGCAUAUACAAUCGAUAUUUGAUUAAAGCAGCUUUAGAGAUAAUUGGCCGGACGGAGAUGAGAACGACACUCAACUUCUCGCCACACUUUAGCUGGAAAUUCUGGGGACACCGCGUCUUUGAAGAACCCGGGAAAAUUUGGCCUAGUGAAAGCGAACUGGCAUCGGCGACUACUAUUGAAGCUUACUACAAUCUUGUAGAACCGCCUUACGUAAUUUCCAAUCCUUUUAUGUUCCGUUUGGAGAAAGUUAUGACUCCUGCAGUAGCAUUCUUAGACACUCGUUUCCCCUUCAUUCGUGCCUAUUUCAGGCGUAGUUUCGAAGAAAUCCGUCAGCGUGAUGGCGGAGAAAUAAAUAGAAAAUUAGUUGAUAACAUGAUUCACAAGUUCGAAGAGGUUUUAUAUAAAUUUAGCAAUGAACUAGCCAAGUCGCCUUCGUUUGAUUAUAGCGAUGAAAAGUCUGAGAACUGUGAUGGAUAA